AUGAGAAAGGAAGUAAUAACAAAAACGUCCAGAGAAGCUUUAUGUCAUUACGACCAGAAGAAAAACAAUACUUACCACUUACCACAGCCACAAAUAGACCUGAGAAUACGAAGCCACCGGAGAUAUACCAGAGAACGAGCAUACACCACAAAUAGUAGACCAAAGGAGACCAGACUAGCAGCAGCAAUACCAUCAGCAACACCAGCAGCAACACCAGCAGCAACACCAGAAGCAACACCAGAAGCAACACCAGAAGCAACACCAGAAGCAGCAGCAGCAUAG